CCGGGUUGGCGCUCAGCCUCUUACGGGGAGAGACUGGCAUGAGCCUCCCCAGCCGGGCUGCUGUUGCUGCGGGCGGCCUGGCGCUGCGAGGAGACCAAGGCGGGAGCGGACCCUGAGGAGGAGAAGCCCUCUCCCCGCCGGGAACGAUGGGGAACUGCCUGAAGUCCCCCACCUCGGAUGACAUCUCCCUGCUGCACGAGUCUCAGUCGGACAGAGCCAGCUACGGGGAUGGGACCGAACCGGAUCAGGAGCCGCCGCCGCCAUAUCAGGAGCAGGUUCCAGUUCCUGUUUAUCAUCCAACUCCUAGCCAGACUCGGCUAGCAACACAACUAACAGAAGAGGAACAAAUUAGAAUAGCGCAAAGGAUAGGCCUUAUACAGCACCUGCCUAAGGGAGUCUACGAUCCUGGACGAGAUGGCUCUGAGAAGAAGAUUAGAGAAUGUGUGAUCUGUAUGAUGGACUUUGUUUACGGGGAUCCUAUCCGAUUUCUGCCAUGCAUGCACAUUUACCACCUGGACUGUAUAGAUGACUGGUUGAUGAGAUCCUUUACAUGCCCCUCCUGCAUGGAGCCAGUUGAUGCAGCACUGCUUUCAUCAUAUGAAACUAACUGAGCCAGGGUUUUGCCUCUGACCCAUCAAGGAAACCAUCCAUUUUAAUGGAUGUUUGAAACGGCUGAGAGGCUUUGAAUGUUACAUUAAGUCCUGGUGAAGAUGGAGUAGUGGACAGAGUGCAGGUUAGGUGAUCAAAAGUGCAUGUUAAAUACAGUUUAUCACAUGGCUAUCACUAGUAUGUGCAUACACUCUUAUGUAUGUGUAUGUGUGCAUUAGAUUCAUUCCUUGAAGAGCUUUCUCUUCAACAAGCAGUUGAAUGUCAGAUAAAACCAACACGUGGGAAUGUUUCUUAUAAAAUCUAUAACUGUUAAGCCAUCCAUAGAACAGUCCCAGAUUUAAUAUCCAGAAUAAAUGUUUGUUUUAAAAGAUUAAAUUCCUUUUACACAGAAUUUUAGUUUUGGGGGGAAAUUGUGGACAUGGUUGUGUGCUAAUAAUUCUUAACAAGCUGUCCGCUGUUAAAUCCUAUUCCAGGAUCAGAAAGUGGGGCCUUUGACUUUCUGCAGAUGAAAUGCUUAAUUUAUGCUUUUUGAUAAAGGGAUUAAUGUAAACAUUUUCUUUUAAAGUAUACUUUUGAUUUAUGUAGAAGAAAUAGCUAGAGUUGCACACUGCCAGCAAAUUUCUGAUGACUUCAACUUUGCAUACAAGCUUAGAGCAGACAAUUAUAAGCCACAGAGAAAAACCGUUGAAAUUUAGAAUACACAUUGCUUCAUUAUCUGCAAAUAUAGGCGAUUGAUAACUUUAAAGACAAUUGUUCUAUCAGGCAAUCCUGUUGUACUGGGAGGGCAGCUUAAUUACAUUUUCUGGUUUAGAGGGAAGUUCAAAAUUAUAA